CUAUGACAUAUCGUACCACUGAUUCCUGCGUUUAUCCAAUUUGCAUGUGUUUCCCCCCAAGUCCGGCCAUUCUAUCCAUCUGCCAUUCCAUCUUUUUUUUUAAAAGUCCGCAACCGCUCUAUAUUCGUUGCUCCGCAGGAAGCCCGUCAUACUUCCAAUUCCCAUUACAUACAACAUUCACCUUCCAUUUGUCCCUUCAUCCUCAACUCACUCUUAUGAUCAGCCACAUGGCAUCAGCGCGUCCCCUCUCCCGUUGACUUGGCCCAUCUCUUACUUCGUCACCACUUACCCAUAUUCGUCUUUCGGGGCUGAUCACAGUCUCGAAAUCUUUUUUUCCCUCUCCACAAGCCAACCAAGGACAAGGUCUACCUGGGAGCAUCUGUUGUCUUCGUGUCCCUUGCAUCCUUGGUGUUUGUCGCAAACAUGGCUCCGUCCGUCAAGCAGCGAAAGAUUGCCAUCCUCGGCAGUCGUUCCGUGGGCAAGUCUUCCUUGACAGUGCAGUAUUGUGAAGGCCACUUCGUCGAGAGCUACUACCCUACCAUUGAGAAUACCUUCAGUCAUGAGAUCCAACACAAAGGUCAAACCUUUCUCACCGAGAUCAUUGACACUGCUGGACAGGAUGAAUACAGUCUCAUGAAUUCCAAGCUGUACAUAGGAAUCCACGGAUACAUGAUUGUCUAUUCUGUCGCCUCCAGACAGUCGUUCGACAUGGUCAGAAUCAUUCGAGACAAACUCUUGAACCAUCUUGGUGCGGAUACCUUGCCGAUCAUGAUUGUUGGCAACAAGAACGAUGUCGAUGCAAAGAAACAGCGCAAAGUGACCGCCGAGGAAGGCCAGGAACUGGGAAAAGAACUCAACUGCGGAUGGAUUGAGACAAGUGCUAGGAACAAUACAAACGUCGCCAAGGCAUUCGAGUUGAUGAUCGCCGAGAUCGAAAAGUCCCAGGAGCCAGACAAGCCCGCAGGCGGAGGCAAAUGCGCAGUCAUGUGAAGGUAUCAUGCCUUCUGGGCACGCAAUCGCGCAUAUGAAGAGAAAGACGAAGAGCACGACAUCACGCGAGGGCGAGGAGAAGAUGUUACCGUUGCAGUCAUUCUCUGAUGCGGUGUUUUACUAUGGUAUGGCGUUUGCGAUGGGUGAUGAGCGUAUGACAUAGACAAUCCAGAUUGGGAUAGAUGGAGGUUGUCCUGUGGGAUCAGUCUUUUCGGCGUUCCGGUCCUUUUCAGUUGGGAUCUCUGUGUUGGUCUAUUGAGCUUUAAGUUUCCAGAUACUGGCAGAUGUGAAUCGUGCCCCAUAUGGGACGGUGCAAGAAAGAAGGGCGAGAGAGUGGCUAUUGUGACAAGGCUGGGGAUCAUGAUACCUUCUGCGAUGUUGAACUGUCUUGGUUCUUUUCGAACCAAAUUGUGCAGUUUCUGCAUUCCAGACAACAUCACUGGUCACUACAGCUAGCUUCAUAAGAAUAAUUCCACUUAAUGCAGCCUUCAAGA